CAUUAUCUUCGUCCAAACAUACUCUCCCUCCAUUACUAUCAAAAUGGUGGCGUCUGCGGCCUCCAAGGUGCUAACGGCGACAGUCGACUUCGUCACCUCGUCGACGUCUUCCCUCACUCACCGCCGCCCGUUGACGUGCUCUGCGCCAGCGACGGCGGUGGCGGCUGCGCGCAUCGUCCCCCACCCGCCGGACCUCGUGCGGUGGGUGCGGAGGGAGGGCGGUCUCGUCCACCCCAAGCUCAAAAUAGCGGACCACCCCUCUCACGGGCUCGGCGUCGUUGCCACCGAGGAGAUCCCCCAGGGGUCGGAGCUCGUCGUCCUCCCGAGCCACCUCCCCCUUCGAUUCCGCCGAGACCCCGAGUCCGAUGGCGGUGGCGAGGGUGCUGAUUCCGUUCUGAACCAAUUGGCUCGCCGAGUGCCUGAGGAACUAUGGGCUAUGAGAUUGGGCUUGAGGCUUCUCCAAGAAAGGGCAACAGUUGGUUCCUUUUGGUGGCCAUAUAUCAGCAAUUUGCCAGAAGCUUUCAGUGUUCCUAUUUUCUUUUCCAGGGAAGACAUAAAGAACCUGCAAUAUGCUCCUCUUCUUCACCAGGUAAAUAAGAGGUGUCGCUUUCUUCUUGAGUUUGAGAAAGAAAUCAAGAUUAUGCUUGAAGAUGUGGCUUUGCAAGAUCAUCCUUUUGGAGGUCAAGAUGUAAAUGCAUCUUCCCUUGGCUGGGCCAUGUCAGCAGUUUCUUCUAGAGCCUUCCGUUUGCAUGGGGAGAGCCUUCCUAACGGCAAAAAUGCUGACAUACCUAUGCUGCUUCCACUCAUAGACAUGUGCAACCACAGCUUUCAGCCAAAUGCUCAAAUUGUUCAGGAACAAGAUAUAAACAGCCCAAAUAUGUCAAUAAAGGUUGUCGCAGAAACACCCAUCGAGCAAGAUACUCCAGUAAUGCUGAACUAUGGUUGUUUAAGCAAUGACCUUUUCCUUCUUGAUUAUGGUUUUGUGAUUCCAUCAAAUCCAUUUGACUAUGUUGAACUAAAGUAUGAUGGAACUCUUCUCGAUGCUGCUAGCAUGGCUGCUGGAGUUUCAUCCCCCAGCUUUUCAUCUCCCAACUAUUGGCAGAAGGAGAUUUUAUCCCAGUUAAAUUUGCAGGGAGUUCAGGCCCUGCCCAAGGUAAGCUUGGGGGGUCCUCAAUUGGUAGAUGGCCGCUUAUUAGCUGCCCUACGAGUACUUCUUUCAAAUGACAAGGAAACAGUACAAGGGCAUGAUUUGAACGCUCUAAUGUCAUUAUCAGAGGAAGCUCCUUUGGGAGUGCCCAUUGAAGUGGCUGCUCUCCGAACUGUUAUUGCCCUAUCUGUCAUUGCACUCGAGCACUUCCCAACAAAGAUAAUGGAGGAUGAAUCCAUUUUGAAAAAAAAGCUUUCCAGUUCAAAAGAACUGGCCAUCCAAUUUAGGAUGCAAAAGAAGUUGAUGAUCAUAGAUGUGAUGCGAAAGCUUACUAAAAGAGUUAAGAUGCUGUCAGAGGAAAAGUCCACUGCCUAAAGUUAGUCUUUUUCGUGACUGGCUUUAUUCAUUUUUUUAAUAUGAAUGCCCCACAUUAUUCAUAUAACUCUUCUUUUUCAGAAAACUACCAUGAAUUAAGCUUUUUAUGUAAUUGUUGCUUCCCAUGUUAACUUGGGCAGUUCUAUCAUUCCAAACAGCAAAUUAUAGACAUGCUUUCAGGAUUGUGUUAUUCUAUGUAUCAGAAAAAAAAUUGUACUAUUCUA